AUGAAAGGAUUCAAGGUUUUUCUAAUCCUUGCCGUGCUCAUAGCUUCAGCCAUCACUACUCUCUCCGCAAUGCCAGACGAAGAAGAAUCAUUCUUCAACGAGGAAAACAAUACUGAUGCAAAGGACGAAACCAAGAACCAGUUUGGAAAAAGCACUUCCCUAAGAAGCCGCUUGCUUGCCUACGGGCCGCCUGCCACAACUUGCGACAAAAACCCUAAGGUUUGUCAGGCGUCGGGCAGCGCAGGGCCGGAUUGCUGCAACAAGAAAUGCGUGGACACAAACACAGACAGAGCAAACUGCGGCAAGUGUGGGAGGAAAUGCAAUUACUCAGAGAUUUGCUGCAAAGGUAAGUGUGUGGAUCCGAACUCGGACAACGAAAACUGCGGCAGCUGCAACAACACGUGCAAGAAAGGCACUUCAUCCAUGCUCAUUAUGGCUUUAGCCAUUACUCUCUCUACAACGGUACCAAACCAAAGAGAAGCAUUCUUCAGGCCAGGAUCGUCAACAAGCCGGUUCCUUGCCUCUCAGUUGUCUCCAGGUCGGGGUGGAUGCGACCAAAAUCCUCUUGCUUGUAAAGCCACUGAAGGCAGUGCCGGGCCAGAUUGCUGCAGCAAAAAAUGUGUGGAUUUGACAUAUCCAACUGUGGUUCUUGUGGGAAGAGAUGCAUCAGCUCAGAGAUAUGCUGCAACGCUCAUUGUAUGA